AGGAGGGAGGCAAAUUACGCAGCUGCGAGGCUCAUCCCUCCGUCCCUCCCUCUCUCCCUGUCUUCAUCCCUCCCUCCCUCCCUCCAUCCAUCCCUCCGCCGCCGCGCUCCCCGGCCGCCCCAUCGCACCCAUGGAGGCCGGCGCAGGUCGCUGAGCCCCCCCGCCGUCGCUGCCGCCCCGGACACCGGCGGGGCCCCGCGCAGGGACACAGAAAAUCCAGGAGCUGAUUGAUGAGCCGGGUGCUCCUUUUCUCUCCUCCCCGCAAGAGGCCCCAGCAAAAGACCAGCCUCUUCCCUCUGGUCAGGCACCUGAUUUUUAGCUAAUGAGGGCCAGGAAUUGCCACCUCCCUGUUUGGCACUGCAGCCGGGUCAGCUGGAAAAGUGAUGAGCUGCAUAACCCGAUCUUUUCGAAUGGUCUCUAUUUUCCUGUAAUCUCUGGGUGUCAACUCAGCAUUUUAUAACAAACGAGAAUAAAAGGAGGUGCUCCUGCGUUUUGUUACGUGAUACAACAACUCUUAGCAAAAUUGAUUUUUCUGGUGCUGUUGCAUAAACAUCCUGUGUGUUUUGUCCCUGCUCCUGCCCCAAGCACUCUGCUCUGGUGUGAACUGGAGCAUCUCCCGCUGUCCAGAACCAGGUGAAGCGCUAUUUGCCUUGGGAUGAGCCCGUCUCUGCUGGAGCAGUUUCCCAGCCCCUGGAGAUGUCACUGCUCCCUUGGAAUCUCCUGGGAAUGAACAAAUCAGCCCCUGCCUCCCCAAAACUCCCCAGUGUCACCACUGUGCUGGGCAGCCGGCGUUGGCCUCUGGCAGUUCAGAUGGCGCCCGCGGCACUGACCCGCCUUGGCCAGGCUCUGCCAACCCCGCUGCUGGAUCCUGCUCCUUCCCAGUGCCACCCACUGCAUCCCAGUCCCUUCUAAACACAAACCGAUCCCAGCAUUGCUGUUGUUUUGGGGACACAGUGCUCUGUCCCGGAUCAGGUGGCUGCUUGUUUGCUGUGUUCAGUGCUUUGCUUAUUUUAAGUGUGAAGGAAAGAGCAGAGCUGGUGUCAGAAAGGCAGGGAUGUCUCCUUGGGAGCCCUUUUUGUUCCCUGGAAAAAUGAAGCUGUGAUUUCCUCCCCCACUUUGCUGUCUGCUUUUAAUCUUGUUAGUACUGGGAGGCUGAAAACCUAGGAAAGGACCCGCAGGGAAGGCGCCUGCCGGCGUGUGCCAGGCGUGGUUCUUCUCCCGAGGUUUCUGUGGAAUCGAAGCUGCUCUUAGAUGCUUGGGCUUGGUGCCACCAUUGCAAAACGCUCCUAAUGCAGGAUGCGUCAAAGGAAAUAAGGGAAUCUGGCAGUGUGCAGGGUGACGGGAGCCCCGACAAAAGAAGCAGUGAGUGAUAAAACUGGGGGAACGCAGUGAGCGACUGCGUGCCAAGGGUCGGGGCUGCCAGCCGGACCUGCUGGCUCCUGCAUGUCCCCGCAGGUCAGGAUGAGCUGGUGGGGCAGCCCGGGCCAGCGCAGCAGCUGGUUCCUUCUGAACCCUGCAGACGUGGAGCAGAGAGACGCCCUGGGAGCGAGAGAGCCUGUGGUGGCGAAACCUCCGGAGGAACAGGCUGAGGAGCCAUCAGCGGCCUCGCCGAGCCGGUGGCGAGGGGCUGUCCGGGGUCUUGUGGCCCCGUUUUCCUGUGGAAGAAGCUUCUGGGAGGAGUGAUUCCUGCCCAGCCUUGUCUGCCUGUUGGGGGAUCCAGCGCCAAGUGGGGAAGCAUCAGCAUUCAAAGCAAAGAGGCAGCUCAGCAAUCCCAAAAUGAUGGCUGAACUACAGUUCUUGGGGAAAUGCUCUCCUGGGGCACUGGGCUGAGCCUCAGUGUGCUCUGUCACUACUCUGUCACACAUCUGGCUUUGUAUCGCCAUCAUGGUGGGGUGAUGGUGCCCCAGAUCCCUGCUGCAGCUGGGUACCAUAGGGGGGUGCGGCUCAGGGCCGCCCAGAGCCCCGUGGUGUCACCACCUGGGUGGUGGCAGUGUGGGGUGUCUCCAGCCCUGGGGGCUCCUGUACCCGCUGUGCUCCCCCCUACGGGGUGUUGGCUCCUUGUGCUGUGACUCCCGGCUGUUUCCUUACCAAGAACUGUCGCUUUUAUUGAGCGUGAAUUCCCUGGGCUGAUGCUGUUGCCCACAAUAAGUGCUGUUUUGUGCUGUUGUUUUCAGGAGAGCUGCCUUUCCGUUCCACGAUGGGCUGGGAAAUUCAUGGGGAGUUUUGCUUUUUUGCGGCUGCAGGAGGGAGCGUUCACCCUUGCAACAGGCAGCGUUCGUCCCGCCUGUCCCCCAAGCUGCGUUUUGGGGGUGAUUUGCAAGUUGCUGGAACAAAUAUAGGUGGUUUGCAGUGUGAUCUCUGUAUCUGGUGUAAGUUGGACUGUCAGACCCUACCCUGUACCAGCACCCCUGGGCAGCAGGAGCAGCAGCAAAGACGCUGCACUGAGCACUGUCCCCCUGGCUCAGGGACAAGCUGAUGUUCCCCAAAUCGCCUGGACCUUGCCCCUGUGUCUGUGCACUCACGUGGGCCGUGGCUGUCAAAAUCUGCAUUAUUGCACACCUGGGCUGCACUGCGGGGCUGGGACUGUGUGUCCCAGAUGGAUAAUGGUGCGGAGAUGAGCUCUUUGGACGUGGGAACAGCGUUUGCCGCCUGUGGCGUUGGGCUCAGCGCCGGGUUCUGGUGCCAGGUUCAUGCUGCUUGAGGUCUCGCUGGAGCCUGUGCUGGGUACGCGUCCUCUCCUCUGGGGCACGAACUGCUUUGGUCAGCUCUGUAAUGACCAACCCACAGGCCAGCGAUUCUCCUGCAUUUCUUCUGUGUCCUGCAAGACAUUUCCCGUGUUCCUCACUCUGCAAAGGUGAAAAUAAGGUGGAGGAGGGUUCCUCUCCUGCUGCUGAGGCUCUCAGUGUUUGUUUUUGGGGUUUUGUCCCCGUGUUGAACAGGAGACACCUUCCCUGUGUGGGGCCAGACAUGGGCAGUUGUGCCAGCACCAUCCUUGUUUUUAUGGCAUUUCUUCAUUUCUGCUUAUCCUUGCAGCUUUGCUCUGGCUCCUGCUCCAAGCCCCAUCUAUUAGAUGGUUUCUAGAUUUUAGUGACCUGCUCUUGAUCACUCUCCUGUGUUUCCUGGCCCCUGUGACUGCUGUUUUCUUGUUUGCAGGCUUGCGGCGUGCUCAGGGAGGUGGUUAUUCAGCUUUGAACGCUUCUCCUUUCCUCUCUGCGGGAAUGGACCACAAAUCUCCGCACAGCCCUGCCCAGGAGCCGCUCGGGGAGCACCCUGCGGUGUGGGGAGAGGGACGGGGGGCCCUGCUCUGCGAGACCCCGCAGCCGGAGCCGGCUGUGCCGCAGCCCCGCGUGGUGCUGCCGGAGGAUGCUCCCGCAGGAUGCUCCCGCCGGCGCCAGGGCCGCGCUCGGCUCCUGCGCUGGAUGCUGAUUCACGCUGCUGCAUGAGCAAAACCCGCAGCACCGGCUGUGCUCGCUGCCGGCUCGGGAGCCGUUAUCCGGCACAGCAGAGCGCUCCCUCCCCAUGCCCGGCUCCUCCCCACUGUGCCCAUCCCAGGAACCCCUAAAUCUUGAUCACUGCAUCCCAGGGGUGCUGGCACCCCCUGGUGUAGGGCACCGCAGCCAUGCAUCGCCAGCUCCUCUGCUCUGGGCUCUGUGGUGCCCUGGUGUGAGGGUCAGGGAGCAGCGCAUCCCAGGCAGAGCAGAGGCCUGGGCUGGUACCGCGAGCUUUGAGCAUCAGGCAGGAGGUAGCCUGGAAGACCCCAGCCCUGGCAUGGCAAAUGCGAAAGGCUGCAUCAGGGUGAGCUGGCCGUGCCUCCCCUUCUCUCCUGCCUCCCCGUCUUGUCCUGGACCGGGGCUGAGCAGCACUUGGCAUUUCCCGUCACCCGUCGAUUAUCUGCUGGCUGGUCCCAUCGCUCCUGUUGCUCUGGGCUGGAGCUGCCAAAAUCUGGGACAAUACCGGCAUGUUGAAUGGGCUUGGGGAUGAGGAAGGAGCCUGAGCGGUGUCCCCGGCCGUCCCCAGCAGCCUGUGACCGUGGUGGGACGUGGCGGUGGUGCCAUGGGAUGCUUGGCAGGAUGGAUGUGCCGAGUAGGUCCUUUCCAGAGCUCUCCCUGAGCUGCUGCCUCCUCUGCCGGCUGCUGCCGGCCCCUGGCUCUGGCCUAUUUAUUUACAGGAGCGAGGCUCUGUGUUUCCUGAGGGAUUAGCUGCUGCUGCCGCAUCAUGCGGGGAUCUGGGCUUCCUCACCCAAUGUCACUGCUGAACGGGUGAUUCUGACUUAAUGAAGGAAAAAGAGGUGCCCAGCCUGUGCGUGGCCAACCACCUGCAUGGGGGGAACUCAGCGGGGUCCGGGGCUGGGUGUCAGAGCCCUCGUGCCAUCUCUGCCCCGAGUAUUGUCACCACUGCAGGUGCCCUGUGUCCCUGCAUGGGAACAGGGACCUGGGGUCAUGGGAAAGCUUGUCCCAUGCUUGGAGACUGGCAGGAAAAGGGGCUUUGGACCAAGGGGAUGGAGCGGGAGCAGGUUGUGGGAAACUGCCAGCUGGGAGGGAGGGUGGGCAGCAGGUGCCUUUGCCUUGGAAGUGGAGAAAUCCCUUGCCCUGUGGUAUCUCAGUGUUUCUGGCCUGUGGGAGGUAGACAGGGAGCACAGCUGAGAUGUGCAGGGGAUACAGGCCACAUAUGUCCUCACAGAGGUGGCUCCAGGGUCUAAACUGAUGCCCAGUGCAGGGGCUUACCCCUUCGCAUGGUUCCCGUCUCCCCGGGCCCUUUCUCUGCCUUCACGCCCUCUCUCUGUUGUUUCACCCGCAGUUUUCCCGCGCCCAGGACCCGUGGCACCGCGGCGAUGUCUCUGCCGGGGAGCAGACGCUCGUCCACCGGAUCACGAAGCCGCGGGCUGUAUGGACGGAGUGGCUUUGCCUCCUUCUUUAAGUCUUCAGCACCCUCAGCCACUCGGCCUGAGACACAGCCUCUUCUCCCUGCCUCCAGGCGCCCCUCGCCCCCCGGGAGGGACACCUACGGCACCUCUUCGCUGAGCAGCAGCAGCAAUUCAGGCUCCUACAAGGGCAGCGACAGCAGCCCCACCCCAAGGCGCUCGGCCAAGUACAACCUCUGCAGCGACAACCAUGGGAUCAAGCCGCCAACGCCGGAGCAGUACCUGACGCCGCUGCAGCAGAAGGAGGUUUGCAUCCGGCACCUGAAGGCUCGCCUGAAGGACACGCAGGAGCGGCUGCAGGACAGGGAUGCUGAGAUCGAGGACCUGAAGACGCAGCUGUCACGGAUGCAGGAGGACUGGAUCGAGGAGGAGUGCCAUCGCGUGGAGGCCCAGCUGGCACUGAAGGAAGCCCGCAAGGAGAUCAAGCAGCUGAAGCAGGUCAUCGACACGGUGAAGAACAACCUCCUGGAAAAAGACAAGGGGCUCCAGAAGUAUUUUGUGGAUAUCAACAUCCAGAACAAGAAGUUAGAGACGCUGCUGCACAGCAUGGAGGUGGCGCAGAAUGGGGCGCUGAAGGAGGAGGGGGCCGGCGAGUCUGCUGGGGGGUCCCCAGCCCGGUCCCUCACCCGCAGCUCCACCUACACCAAGCUGAGCGACCAGGGGGCUGGGGACCGCAACGUGGGGGGCUCACAGACCAUCUCGCUGGACGAGGGGGCCGACAGCGGCUUCGUGGGGGCGGAGGACGCUCCUGGCCAUACGGACCCACUGGAGGGGGGGAACGACCCCGGCGCCCGCCUGCCCCAGAGCACCACCUAUGAAAAGCUGCUGGGGCUGCGGGGGGGCGUGGAGGCGGGGGUGCAGGCCAGCUGCAUGCAGGAACGGGCCAUCCAGACGGACUUCGUGCCCUGCCAGCCCGACCUGGACACCAUCUUGGAGAAGGUGAUGAAGUCCCAGGCUUGCAGCUUGGGCAGCCCCACCUCAGUCUGGGUCUCCGAAAUGGAAGACAUGAUGCCCGUCCCCGAGCUCUCCAACCCCACUGGGGCCACGGACCUGCUGGUGGCCGAGCCUGACGCCGCAGCAGCGGGUGGCGGGGCCGAGGGGGGAACCCCCUGCAACCCGGCGGUGCGGCAGCCCCCCAGUGCCAGCCCCUCGGUGACCAUCGCCUGCACGGCGGAGGAGGAGGCGACGGAGUCCACUGGCUGUGAGGCCGCCCCGGCCAAGAGCUACUGGAGCCGCCACUUCAUCGUGGAUCUGCUGGCGGUGGUGGUGCCGGCUGUGCCCACGGUGGCCUGGCUGUGCCGCUCGCAGCGCCGGCAGGGCCAGCCCAUCUACAACAUCAGCUCGCUGCUGCGCGGCUGCUGCACCGUCGCGCUCCACUCCAUCCGCAGGAUGGGCUGUCGCCCCGUUGCCAACCCUGGGGGCAGCACCCAGCCCUGAUACCCCCCUAGUGCCCCCCACGCGCCCCCAUGGACCCGACUGCUGAUUGUAAAGCCCCGGCAUGUCCCCCGUCCCGGGGUCCUUCGUCAGCUCUGGCUCAUUAUACAGCCCUGGGAGGAAGGGGAAGGGGCCAGGGGGAGUCUAUGGGGGUGUGGGGAUGUGCUGUCCCCCCCUAGCUCCUUUGUCCCAGAGGAGGGAAAGGACCAUUGCUGGAAGAACGGUGUCAAGUGCUGAUGGGGUACAUGGCACUGAGCACCACGCUGCGACCCCCUGCCCCACGGACACAGCUGCUGCAGAGGGCCUGGCUGCUGGGGGGGGGGCUGCACCCCCAGGGGGGCUCUCCCCCUUCUCUGCAGUCACAUUCUGGUUGUUCCUGUCCUGCCAGGGACGGGUGAUGGUGAGGAGCCCCUGGCAGCAAGGAGAGCCGGGGGGGGGGCCACAGUGGGUGCUGGUUGCACCACGACAGCAAAGUCCGGGAGGACGGAGGGAACCUGCCCAGACACAGGGUCAGGUUCAGGGGACAGUGGGACUUCAUCGCACACCUUUGUCACAGCCCAGUCCAGUGUCCCCCUCCCUCGAUCCCUCUCCAAACCACCCAUGGGUGGGAGAUGCCUCCCACACUGGAACAGAGCCCCAGGAUGGCUCUGGUGGCACUGGGCGGCCCCAGGGGAGCCUCAGUCCCUCCCUUUGCUUUGCACUAUGUUCACUUUUUUUUUUGGUACAGACUGAAGCCCUGGUGUUGGGGGGCUGAGGCAGCAGUGAGGGGGGAGAACCCCAGCCCUGGCUCUGGCUGCCGCGCAGUGGGACUGGGAGCUCUGGCGGUGUCGGCAGCGGUGAUGCCGGUGAUGCCGUCCUGCGCCAGCGCUCCAGGAUGCCUUUGCCGGGGGCAGCAAGGGGUGCGGGCAGGGGGGUGCGGGCAGGGCCGAGCGCCUUCGCCUGCUCCAGCCCAGCCGAGUCCCCACUUUGCUGGUGGCCUCCGGAAAAAAAAAAAAUAAUGCCUUUUUAUUUGAAAAGCAAAGACAGCAAUGAUUGCUCAGCGGGGGCUGGCAAGGUGUGAGACUUGGGGCUCCCCCCGGGUGCGCGGUGCUCCCGCCCCCACGAAUGUCUGUGGCUUCUUCGUGACUUGAACUAACGGUGUUUCCCCCCCAACCCCACUCCACCACCCACGGGUGCUGCCGGCCAGGGGACUUGGUGAUGCUCCACGUGCCGGCACCCACCAUGUCCCACAUCCCCUGCGCUUCCCCGCAUCCCCUGUCCCGCACGGGGGGUGGUGGAGGCAGCAGCACCGGCUGCCAGGUGUAAUAUCUGGGGAGAAACAGUGGCAAAGCAGCCAGGGCGGGCGCUGUGAGCGGAGCUGGGAUGUACGUACGCCUCUUGUGCAAUGUAUUUGUGAAUCUGUGUACACGUCUGUUAGACUAUCCAAAGCUUUGCCAAGAAAUAAAUGUAACAACUAUAUUUGAAAGACAAAUCUAUAUAAUAUAUUUUUAAAAUACAGAACUGAAAAAGCUGUAA